UCAGCGAAAGAGCAGCUAAAAUACAAAUAAGUAAAUUCGUAUCACUUUUCGGGCGAAGCGCUAUCAGUGGAAAAAAAAGCAUAUUUAAAAUAUAUAUUAUAUACAUAUAUAUAAACUAUAUAUAGGAAAUAAAUUGAAGAAAUGAUUGGGAGAGCUUGGAGCCUGGCUCUGUCGCUUCUCGUCUUGAACCUAGCUGAAACGAUUGCUUAUCAUCAGCCUGGCAGCUAUAAUGUUGGGCAGUCCGGGUUAUCAGCAACGACUCAAGCUCAAGACCAGGUGGCUUGUCCGUCCCAUUUUCGAGGAUUAAAGCCGUAUGAGCACGAUUGCCAUCGUUUCAUUAACUGUGCCGAGGGUCGUCCUGUUAUACAAACCUGCGGACCGGGCACGGCAUUUAAUGCCCUCAUACAAACAUGUGAUCACCAGAGUCAAGUGUCCUGCGAGGGCCAGCCUGGUCGUUCGUCGCGACUGCUGGAGCGUCCUUCAGAGCCGCGAUGUGAACCUGGCUUCAGGGGGCUGCAGCCACACCCCAGCGAUUGCACGAAGUUUCUCAACUGCGACAACGGACAGACUUUUAUUCAGAGCUGUGGGCCUGGCACGGCAUUUAGUCCAACUCAGCUGGUCUGCGACUACAAGUACAAAGUGAAUUGUGGAGCAGCAUCAGGCCAAGGUGAAGUGAAAGGUACCUCGGUUGGCCUUGAGUGUCCACCAGGUGUUCGCGAUCCAGUUCCCUAUCCCAACGACCAAUCAAAGUACAUCAUAUGUGAAACAGGUGUGCAUCCACGAUUGGAGCAGUGCCUGCCAGGUUGGGUAUUCAAUGCCCAUAGCUUGAGCUGUUCUGUGAGUGGGGCUUCCUCUGCCUCUGCCGAUUAUUCUUCUGCCGUUCAGUUCAGCGGGCUACUUUGCCCGGGAGGCGUCGACGGUCUGUUUGUUCAUCCGUUUGAUCAAACCAAGUUCCUCAACUGCAAGGCGGGAAAGACUGCUGUUCAGAGUUGCUCUCCUGGUCAGGUGUUUAGCAUAUCGAACGGAUAUUGCCAACCCAAGACGCAGCUGUUAUACACAGAUUAUGUGGCUUACUUUGUCUCUCAGAUAAGCAUCGAAUAUUCUCUGAUGCUCACUAGCUGUCCGGCGGGAACGGAUGGUGUUCACCUCUAUCCGUACGAUGCGGGCAAAUAUAUUCGCUGUACAGCAGGAGAGCUUUCAAUCAUAAGUUGUGGAGAAGACCUAGCUUACAGCUUCAUUAAGAGUGCUUGCCGUCCAAGUGGACAAGUGACUCGAGCCGAAAGAGUGAAGUUCUUUUCAGAGCUCAGUUUCCAGGGAGGCAGCUAUAGGUAUACAGAUAGCGAGGCAUUUCAAUCUGCAUUGAAAUCGUGUCCAGCUGAUCUCCGUGGCAACUACGCCUAUCCCUUCCAUGCGGGCCAUUACGUGCUUUGCCAGAAUGGUCUAUUACAGGUGGUGUCGUGUCCAGCGGGUUCUGUUUAUAGUCUAUCUACAAAGAGAUGUUCGGCUCGUCAGCAGCUCUCCCCCCACGAUUUUCUGGAUUAUGCUUACAUAAACGUUCAACUCUCUACCAACUUUAUGCAAGACCUCACAACUGUUACCUGUCCUGCAAAUGCCCAGGGUUACUAUCUUCAUCCUUUUGACUGUACCAAAUACAUAAGUUGCCGAGAUCAGCAGACCUCCAUUGAGAGCUGUGAAAGGGGCGAGGUCUUCAGUAUCUCUCGUAGACUUUGUGUGGCCAGAGAUCAAUUAGUAGCUCCCUAUGAUCGAGUGGAGUUUCUAACGGACACGCAACAUGAGUUCAGUCAGGAAAAUGUAGCUCAUCUGGGUCGCGAGCUCCAAACCAAUGGUAAUGAAGAUGUAGUCUGUCCCCCUGGAGCUAGUGGAGUUCAACCCCAUCCACACGACUGCACCAAGUUCCUGAAUUGCGCCAAUGGGCGGACUUUUAUUCAGGACUGUGGACCUGGAACAGCCUUCAGUCCAUCUCUAUUAGUCUGUGACUUCAAAGAUAAGGUGGACUGUAGACAAGGCUACUUGUAUACCGGUCAAAGCAGGAAGAAUUACGGUGGUGGUGUCACCGGCGUGUUUGAGGGUCAUCAAGGUGGGUCAUCAAUCGGAGCAUCUGGUGAAUCAACAAGUGGGUCAUCAGCCGGACCAAGCUGUCCAAGUGGAGCUCUGGGUUACGUGUUCUAUCCUGAUGAUCCUUCAAAGUAUGUUAUAUGUGGAAUUGGGGUGAAACCACGUUUGGAGCAAUGUCCACAUGGCGAGAUAUUUGAUAGGCACAGCUUGAUCUGCACUCCCACUGGAAGUUCUUCGUCUCACACAGAUUUCACUUCUGCUGCCCGACUCAGAGAUCUACUCUGUCCAGGAGGUGUCGAGGGUCUGUUUGCUCAUCCGUUCGAUCAAACCAAGUUCCUCAACUGCAAGGCGGGAAAGAUCGCUGUCCAGAGCUGUAUUCUUGGCAAUGUCUUUAGUAUAUCAAAGGGAUAUUGCCAGCCCAAGACGCAGCUGGUAUACACAGAUUAUGUGGCCUACAUUGUUUCUCAGAUAAGCAACGAAUAUUCUCUGAUGCUUACUCGUUGUCCGGAGGGCACGGAUGGUCAUCAUCUCUAUCCGUACGAUGCGAGCAAAUAUGUUCGCUGUGCUGCGGGGGGUGAGCUCUCUAUCCAAAAUUGUGGAGAGAGCAUGGCUUAUAGCUUUAUUCAACGCGCUUGUCGUCCAAGCGGUCAAUUAACACGAGCCGAAAGGGUAAAGUUCUUUUCAGAGCAAAGCUUACAGGAGGGAAGUUAUAGCUACACAGAUAGUCAGGCAUUUCAAUCUGCAUUGAAAUCGUGUCCAGUCAACCUUCGCGGCAACUACGCCUAUCCCUUCCAUGCGGGCCACUACGUGCUUUGCCAGAAUGGUUUACUGCAGGUUGAGUCCUGUCCAGCGGGCUCUGUUUACAGUCUAUCUACAAAGAGAUGCUCGGCUCGCCAGCAGCUCUCCUCUCAUGAUUUCCUGGAUUACGCUUAUAUAAGUGGUCAGCUUUCUACUAACUUUAUGCAAGACCUCACAACUGUUACGUGUCCCGCAAAUGCUCAGGGUUACUAUCUUCAUCCCUUUGACUGCACCAAGUACUUGAACUGUCGCGAUCAACAGACUUCCAUUGAGAGCUGUGACAAGGGCGAGGUCUUCAGUAUUUCUCGAAGACUUUGUGUGGCCCGGGAUCAAUUGGUAGCUCCAUAUGAUCGAGUGGACUAUCUGACAGAGACACAGCAUGAGUUUUACCAAGGCAAUCAAAUAAAUCAAGAGGAUCGCGAAUUGCAAACUGAUGAACAGACUGGCCAUGGUAAUGAAUACAUUUUCUGUCCGCCUGGAGCUAGUGGAGUUCGGGCGCAUCCGUAUGACUGCACUAAAUUCCUAAACUGCGCCAAUGGACAGACAUUUAUUCAGAGCUGUGAACCUGGAAAAGCGCUUAAUGCAGUAAACGGAGUUUGUGAUUUUAUUGAAAAAGUGGAUUGUUCGGGCAGAACUAAGGAAACGCUGCCCCCAUCUAACAUCAUUUACAAUCCAAAUGCUAUUUCUGACACUGCGGACUCGUAUCGUUUGGUCUGUCCCGAUCAGGUCUAUGGUCUUUUUGCACAUCCCUUUGAUGCUCGGAGCUAUAUAUACUGCUCGGAGGGUCACACAGUUGUCAGACAGUGUCCGGCUAGUGAGGUGUUUAGUCUCUCGCGUAGCUAUUGCUUGCAAGGAGAGCUUGUGCCUGUUACGGAUCGUGUGGCCUUUAACUAUGCAGAAGAGCAUUUGGAAUCAGUUGUUAGCUGUCCGCAUGGUGCUGUGGGCAAUUACGCUUAUCCCUUCGACUGCACUAAGUACUUGAGCUGUGGAGAGGGCUUGACGCGUUUGCAGAGUUGCCCCGAUGGCCUACAUUUCAGCCUAUCUCUUCGUCGCUGCCAGCCUGUGGAGCAAGUGCAGCGCUCUGAUCGCGUUUACUUGCUGAACGAACUGCGCAUAUUCUACGAAUGGUGGCAGCAGAUGCAUCGUCUGAGCAGAAGCACUACGAUAAAUUGUCCCUAUGGUUUGAUCGGAAAAUAUCAGCAUCCAACAGAGCCGAACAAAUAUAUCAACUGCGCAUCUCACAGUGCACAGGCGUUCAUUUAUAGUUGCCCUGUGGGUCAGGUAUUCAGUGUGUCACACCGUUUGUGUGUGCCAGACAGUCAGGUGCCCGAGUACGAUCGCUGUAGCUACCAUCAGGACACCUCCAGUUGGAUAGAUCUGCGCUAUGACAAUCGUGAGUCGAAGGCCUAUGUGCAGCCCAGUCAUGGACCUGCUGAUCAAUUUGCCCGUGGAUCGGGAGUUAAGACAACUGUUACGGCCAGUGGCAAUCGCUGGAGUAAUAUGAAUAUGGAUCGCCCAGCAGGCAUAGGCUUUGGCCAGCCUCAGUCGAAUGGCUGGUCGGGCCAAGGCAGCUUCUAUCAGCAACAGGCGCCCGCACAGAGCGUGCUCUAUGUGGAGGGUUCAUUGCUGCCCAAUCGUAAUUAUCCACCAACUACUCCAAAUGCCAUCUAUAAAGCACCACUUGCGCCCAUGUCGCCCAACACAGGCAAUGUAGAGGCAGUUGCUCCAUCGCCACGACAGAAUUUCAGUCGCUCGCAUUGGCCACAUAGACCCUACAAUCCUACUCUACGUGGACAGCGACCUCUAGAUCUAGAUGACUAUCAACCGGAGCCGGAUCAGCUACCUAGUGAAACGCGUCGCGAUCAAUUCCAUUCUCUUCUACCCACUCUACUCUCCAAUCACAAUCCCACUCCUCAUGUCCACUUACGACCCAGUCCAAUAGCGGGUCAGCGACCCUUAGACCUUGAGUACGAGCCCGAUGAACAAGACAGAGCGCCUGCUAAUUCGUUCCUCCCGUCAAAUCAAAGUCCUUCUCAUGGCCCACGCCAUCCGGUGGCCGAUGAAUCAAAUUUAUUUGGUGGCCUGCAACCGCCUACUCCUCCACCUCAUGCCCCUGGCUUUAAGCCAAUUUAUUUACGGCCAAACAGCACAUCAGGCCAACGACGCUUAGACCUUGAUUAUAAUCCAACUCCAAGUCAGCCUUCUACUGGCUUUAAUCCCAGUCACCUACAUCCGAUCUCGCAUGCUCCGGCUUUACCAGGACAGCGACCAGUAGAUCUAGACUAUGUACCCGAUUCGGAUUCGGAUACUGAAACAACUGUUGAUCAAUCGAAUCCUACUUAUCCCGAAGCUCCUGCUCGAGUCCCUACUGUGCCUGCCAACCACAGUCCCACUUAUCGUGGCCAGCCCCAGCCUGAGGAUGAUGAAUCGAAUCUCUAUGGCGGCUUGCAGCCACCCACACGACCCAACUUACCAGAGUCCACAACAAUUCCUACCACUAGCACGACUCGUUCGAAUUUGCGCACGUUCCCUAUUUACCCACCUGUGCUCAAUGCCACGCCUGUCCUUCAUCCACACUAUAGUCCAUCCUAUGCGGGUGUGGCGCACUCACAUAAUACCUCCUGGCAGAAGGUACCACCGCCUAACCAAGUGCCCGAUCUUUUCAAUGAUCAGGAUGAGUAUGACGAUGCAGAUUAUGGUGAUGAGACAAUUACCACCACUGAGCGAAGUGCUUUAAAGCCACCUCCGUUUAGCCACAAUUUCUACAAUCCAACACAAAGUGCUGCGGUAGCGCCACCCUCCAAGGAUGCUCUUAACGAAGCGCUGCGCUUGAUGCUACGCCCCUAUUUCAAUCAUAGUGGGAAUGUUAAAGCAGAUUCAGUCCAUCUCGCUGAAGCGGCCAUAGCUUCGGCUAUUGUCAAACCUCCGAUUAGCACCACGACCCAAAAAACUACCCCUGGGGUUAGACAUACGCCCGACGAUGACGUUGAAAUGAUUGUGGCUGGCGAGCAGGCGAGCCUGGACAUUGACUCUGACGAUCCCUCUGUUGUUCCAGAUGCUGGUGAAACGGCGCGCACUGAACAGACCAUAAAUCCCACUACUUACGCAUCCCGCUACGACACCACUGACUUUCAACGUGGCACGCGACGAGUGGACAUCAACGACAGCAGUACAAAUGCAAAUCUGAAUCCAAAUCCUCAAUCAAAUACGAACAAUUGGCAUAGUCGUGAAUUCCAUAGGCGCCAUCCAAAUAUGCCAGAUCCUUUCGAGAAACCGCAACACCAUCACCACCACCCACACCACCACCAUCACGGUCCUCAUCCCCACCAGCACAGCCCCUCCUACCAUGCCAGACAUCCCAAUUUACCCAAUCCUUUCAAUCCCAUCAACGAGGAGCAUAAGUCUACGACCAAAACAAAGUUUGAGUCCGACCCUAACACGGAGUUUGAAGUAGGGGACUUUCUGCCUAAUCCAAAUGCAGAAGCCACCACAACAUCUGAAAUUAACUUGCGUACCGGAUUUUCUGACGAACCCUGCGAGUUUCACUGCGGUGGGGGCAAGUGUGUAAAACAAUCAGAGGUCUGCGACGGAGUCAAUAACUGUGGCAAUCGAAGGGAUGAGAGCCAGUGCGAGCAUCUAGGGUACCAGGUGCGAUUGACAGGUGGUGAAAGUCCACAUAUGGGACGCAUUGAAGUCAAAGUAAAUGGUCAAUGGGGCUACGUUUGCGAUGAUAAAUUUGGUCUACCCGAUGCGGAUGUCGUUUGCCGUGAGUUGGGCUACAAGAUGGGCGCUUCGGAGGUGCGUGGCAAUUCAUAUUACGAGCCCACCGAGCGCAACUUCAACUAUGUGAUGGAUAAGCUCGAGUGUCGGGGCAAUGAGACGAAGUUGAAGGAUUGCGAUUUUAUGGGCUGGGGCGUGCACAACUGUGCCGUUGACGAGGUGGCGGGCGUGGUCUGUAAAGUGCCCGUGCUAAAGUGUCCCAAUAAUUCGUGGCUCUGCGAGGCCUCCAAGGAGUGCAUACCCCCUGCCUUUGUCUGCGACAAUACGGUCGACUGUGCGGACAAGUCGGAUGAGAGUGAUGCUGUUUGUAAGGCACCCAUUGAGUACCGUUUGGAGGGUGGGCGCAGCUCGCUUGAAGGUCGCUUGGAGGUAAAGUACCACGGCGUCUGGGGCAGCGUUUGCGAUGAUGAUUUCAAUGUGCGGGCAGCGCAGGUGGCUUGCAAUAGCCUGGGCUACUAUGGAGAAGCAAAAAUCGAGAAGAACAUAUUCGGCCCAGGCAGCGGACCCAUCUGGCUCGAUCAAGUGAUGUGCCUGGGCAACGAGACGAGCAUCGACCUGUGCCGCCACUGGAACUGGGGCGAACACCAUUGCAAUCAUACGGAGGAUGUGAGUCUGCGCUGCACUGCGGGCCCGCCGCCGAGACAGGCACGUCAACGCCUUCGUCUGCAAGCAUUAAGUAAGGAUAAGUCCGCCGGUUCGGCUAGCAACAUUAGCCUAUCGGAUAUCGGGCUCUGGGAGAGAUCGAGCAAGGCGCUGCGCACACCAAGACGUUGCGGCAUCUUCAAGGACGAUCUGUUCGAUGAGUUCCUGCAUCCCGAGCAGCGUGUGGUCCAGGGCAAUGUGGCACGUCGCGGCCGUCAUCCGUGGCAGGCGACGAUAAGGACACGUGGGCGUGGCGGCAUCUCCAGCCACUGGUGUGGUGCCGUGGUCAUCUCCAAGAGGCAUUUGCUAACAGCCGCCCAUUGCGUCUACGGACAUCCGAAGGGCGCGUACUUUGUGCGCGUGGGCGAUCACUACGCUAACAUAGCGGAACACUCGGAGGUGGACUCGUUCAUAGAGACCUGGUAUACACACGAACAGUUCCGCCAGCCCACCCACAUGAACAACGACAUUGCUCUGGUGGUACUCAAGACACCAUUGAAAUUCAACGAUUACGUGCAGCCCAUUUGCCUGCCAGAGCGUGGUGCUCCUUUGCUCGAGAAUCGCACCUGCACCAUCUCUGGCUGGGGCUCCAUUAAAUCGGGCGUGUCCACUCCUUCUCAAGAACUGAGAGCUGCGCAGUUGCCCAUUUUGCCGGAUACGACGUGCAAGCAAAUGAAUGUCUAUGGCGAUGCUAUGACGGAGGGCAUGUUCUGCGCCGGCUCCAUGGACGCAAGUGUCGACGCCUGCGAGGGUGACUCUGGCGGUCCACUUGUCUGCUCUGAUGAGGAUGGCGAAACACUGUAUGGCAUCAUAUCUUGGGGUCAGCACUGCGGCUAUCAGAAUCGUCCCGGUGUCUAUGUGCGCGUCUGUCACUAUGUGGACUGGAUCUACGAGAAGAUCAACCAAAGCUUGCGGCGCUUGAAGUAGCCCCGGACUAAACUUUCUAAAAUAAAGCUAAUUAUUUUUAUGGCAACACCUUAAAAUAGGCAAUGGAAAUUGUCUUGUAAAGGGGUCGACAAGGGCACGCACGUAGGCUAAGCACACAUAAUCAAUGCUAAUAAAACGCACAACAACACGAUAAUAACAAUAAUAAAGAUGCUCAGCAAAUUUAA